AGGACUUCCGGGGUCACGUGGCGCACAAGUGCCAAAGGGCCAAGAUGAAAUAAAAGCGCGGGCUCUCUUCUGCGCCUUUAAAAUACGGCGUGGUGAAGCUGGAAAGCUGCGUUAAGGAGGCUCCCUCUCCGUUUCUUUUACGUCUGCUCUCCCUGCUGUUAGGGUGAUCGCCCUAUUCUCCGCGGUGGUUACGGUGAUCUAUUUGGCCGGGUUAGCCGACUUCCGCCCGCGUCCAAGAUGACGAUUAAGGGGCCUUCAUAACCUUUACGGGGCUGGGCAGUGUUGACGCCGGAGCUGGCAGGGGGUGGAGUGGUUAGUAAGCAGCAAAUGCGGGAACUGCUGGGCUGGAGUUAGCCAUGGACUGGAAAGAAAUUCUUCGCCGGCGGAUAGCGAUGCCCAGCACUGGUCCAAACAAAAAAAAAAGUGAACAAGAAUUAAAAGAUGAAGAAAUGGAUUUAUUUACCAAGUAUUACUCAGAAUGGAAAGGAGGUAGAAAAAACACAAAUGAAUUCUAUAAGACCAUUCCCCGGUUUUAUUAUAGGCUGCCAGCUGAAGAUGAAGUCUUACUACAGAAAUUAAGAGAAGAAUCCAGAGCCGUCUUUCUGCAAAGGAAAAGCAGGGAACUGUUAGAUAAUGAAGAAUUACAGAACUUAUGGUUUUUGCUGGACAAGCACCAGACACCACCCAUGAUUGGAGAGGAAGCAAUGAUUAAUUAUGAAAAUUUUUUAAAGGUUGGUGAAAAAGCUGGACCAAAGUGCAAGCAAUUUUUCGCAGCAAAAGUCUUUGCUAAACUCCUUCAUACAGAUUCUUAUGGAAGAAUUUCCAUCAUGCAGUUCUUUAAUUAUGUCAUGAGAAAAGUUUGGCUUCAUCAGACAAGAAUAGGCCUCAGUUUAUAUGAUGUUGCUGGACAAGGGUAUCUUCGGGAAUCUGAUUUAGAAAACUACAUAUUGGAACUUAUCCCUACUUUGCCACAAUUAGAUGGGCUGGAAAAAUCUUUUUACUCCUUUUAUGUUUGUACAGCAGUUAGGAAGUUCUUCUUCUUUUUAGACCCUCUAAGAACAGGGAAGAUAAAAAUUCAAGAUAUUUUAGCAUGCAGCUUCCUAGAUGAUUUAUUGGAGUUAAGGGAUGAGGAACUGUCCAAGGAGAGUCAAGAAACAAAUUGGUUUUCUGCUCCUUCUGCCUUACGGGUAUAUGGCCAAUAUUUGAAUCUUGAUAAGGAUCACAAUGGCAUGCUCAGUAAAGAAGAACUCUCCCGCUACGGAACAGCAACCAUGACCAAUGUCUUCUUAGACCGUGUUUUCCAGGAGUGUCUCACUUAUGAUGGAGAAAUGGACUAUAAGACCUACCUGGAUUUUGUUCUUGCAUUAGAAAACCGAAAAGAACCUGCAGCUCUGCAAUAUAUUUUCAAAUUGCUUGACAUUGAGAACAAAGGAUAUCUGAAUGUCUUUUCCCUUAAUUAUUUCUUUAGGGCCAUACAAGAACUAAUGAAAAUCCAUGGACAGGAUCCUGUUUCAUUUCAAGACGUCAAGGAUGAAAUCUUUGACAUGGUAAAACCAAAGGAUCCUUUGAAAAUCUCUCUUCAGGAUUUAAUCAACAGUAAUCAAGGAGACACAGUCACCACCAUUCUAAUUGAUCUGAAUGGCUUCUGGACUUACGAGAAUAGAGAAGCCCUUGUUGCAAAUGAUAAUGAAAACUCCGCAGACCUUGAUGAUACAUGAUCCCUCAAAGACUAGACUGUAUUCAUUAAAAUAAGCUUGAAUGCUGCAUGUAAAAUCUUUGAAGCAGAAUCCUUAGAAAUGGUCUAAAUAAAACACUUCAUAUGUCUAUAGAACACA